GGGAGCGCGCCGCGCUCAGGGAGGGCCGCGCAGGGCCCGCCCGGCCCGGCCCGGCUCUGUCGGGCGGCCCCGAGGCGUCUCGGCAGCCCGGGAAGGGGGGCGUGCGGAGCGCCCUGCGCCGUUACAGCCCGGGGGCCGAGGUGCCCGCCGGGCCCUGGCGCGCUGUGGCUCGGGCCCUUCCUCCGGAGCGAGGCUUGGGAGGGAGAUCGGCGCGACUCCCCUGUCGGCCGUGAGGCGAGGGAGCAGCGCGCCUUCUCCCGGCAGUUGGAGGGCCCCGGGACGGCAGGGCCCUGGGGCCUCCGGGGUGUUGCCCGCGCUGCCGGCGGGGUGCCCUGGCGGAGGGGAGAGCGCUGGCCGUGGGGGGUAGGCCGUGGUGCCUGGUGGUUUUUCCCACUUGGUCCGGUAGGCCUGAUUGCAUCCUUGCGCACAGGGUAUUCCGAGCUGGGACAGGACAACAGGUGGGAGAGGAGCACGGUGGGCUUCGUGAGUCCUAGGUUUUGCUUAAAAGUUUGAGGGUUUUGUCUGCCUCCACCACUGCCAUGACAGCAUGUGACUUGGUGCUGAGUGGAGCCACAUGUUAAAUGGUUCCACAGAUACCGAUCCUUAAAUUAUCCUCUUACCUGUUCAGGGACUGGUUGGACUCUUCUUCUAAACGGGGACCAUGUGUCCUCUUCACAGCAGACUCAGCACUGUCUUGUCUGGAUUAUUGAGGUGGCAGAUGCAGAGUGACGGACAGAUGACCAUGGACAUGGUUGAAUCCCAACAGGAUGACAGUGCAGUGGAUUCUGUGCCAGAGGGAGAUGCUGGUCACCUUCAGAAUCAGCCAGGCCAAAGUCAGAUUUCCCCAGGAUCUGAGGUUUCUGUAGCUGCAUCAAGUGCUGGAAGAGGAUCUCCAGCUGUAACUCUAGUGCAGUUGCCUUCUGGUCAAACUGCUCAUGUCAAGGGUGUAAUUCAAGCCACACAGCCCUCAGUCAUUCAGUCACCACACAUGCAAGCUGUUCAGGUAGCAUCGAUUGCAGAUGAAUCUGCUGAAUCAGAAGGGAUAAUUGAUUGUCAAAAACGUAGGGAAAUACUUUCAAGAAGGCCUUCAUACCGAAAAAUUUUGAAUGAACUCUCAUCAGAUGCUCCUGCAGUACCGAAGAUUGAAGAAGAAGAUAAGUCAGAAGAUGAAGGAGCGCCUUCUGGAAUUUCUGCAAUGGCCAUGCCAACCAGCCUGUAUCAUACUAACACAGGGCAAUACAUUACUAUAACUCAAGGUGGUACAAUCCAGAUUUCUAAUCCAGCCUCUGAUGGUGUCCAUGGACUACAGACAUUAGCAAUGACAAAUUCAGGAACUCCUCAGCCAGGUGCUACCAUUGUGCAAUAUGCAGGACAAUCACCUGAUGGCACACAACAGUUUUUUGUUCCCGGAAGCCAAGUUGUUGUUCAAGCUGCCACUGGAGACAUGCCAGCUUACCAGAUUCGAACUCCCACUACUACCUUACCUCAGGGAGUAGUAAUGGCAGCUUCACCAGGGACUUUGCAUAGCCCUCAGCAGCUGGCAGAAGAGGCAACACGCAAGAGAGAGCUGAGACUUCUGAAAAAUAGGGAAGCUGCCAGAGAAUGUCGCAGAAAGAAGAAAGAAUAUGUCAAAUGUCUUGAAAAUCGUGUGGCUGUGCUUGAAAACCAAAACAAGACUCUCAUUGAGGAACUCAAGGCCCUCAAAGAUCUUUAUUGUCAUAAAGCAGAAUAACUGUCUUUCAUUUGGACCUCGUUUAUUAUGAACUUUAAUCAAGGCAUGAGAGGAAGCAAUUCUACAGAUUGCCAUAUGAACUUGAGAAAGAGACACUUGAGGCCCUUGUGGAACCCAGUUUUGCUUAGUGUUUUCAGACUGAUUUGGGAGAUAUUCCAAAAUUUGGAAUUCUGUCAUAGUCUCCAUACUCUGCUGAGCUUUCUAAUGGCAUGCAAAUGGCUUUUUUGUUUGCACUUUUUACUUCUGCUUUUUGCAGGGAAGCUGCUAAAGAAUGUCGACGUCGGAAGAAAGAAUACAUAAAAUGUCUGGAGAGUCGUGUUGCAGUGCUAGAAGUUCAGAACAAGAAACUUAUAGAGGAGCUUGAAACCCUAAAAGACAUUUGCUCUUCCAAAGCAGAUUAGUAAAAAUAUUUAUUAUACUGUGAACUGACUAAAAUAUGUCCAGUUGCUUUAUAAGGCAAUACAUAGCCGACAUGAAUUAUGGCUUUCUCUUUGUGUCAUUUAUAUUAUUUUCCAACUCCUAACAUUCCUGAAAUGCUUUCCUGCUUUUUGUCAAUUCAUAGCUCCCAUUUCAGGUUUUUCAUGCUCCUCUCCUCCAUCUCCCAAGGAGCCAAAUGUUAAAAAUAUGUAACAAAGUAAAAAAGCGCAUAAUUUCUAAGAGCUGUUUCUUUGCCAUAUAUUUACAUACUACUUUUUACAUGUUACUGAGUGUCCUGCACAUACAAAAUAUUUUACAGUUGUUUUAGAUGAAUCAUAAAGAUAAUGCAUCCAGUAAUACAAGAAAAUCAAACAACCCAAGGUAUCUCAGGAAAGAGUUUAUAAAAGAAUGUUAUGAUUACAUGUAUGUACUAGCAUACUAGUCUACAGAUGAUUUUAUGGCAUAUUUUUAUAUUAGUUGCUUUGUGGAAAAAAGUAUUGUAUUGCUGUCACUGAGUGCCAUGGUUAAAGAUAGUUUUUAAUAGAACCAUGUUGUUUAA